UGAUGGCUAGUGAAUUUCCUGAGGUUAAGCAAUUCCACUUUUUGAAGAUUAUACUUACUCAAACCCUUCAUCAAGGAAAGCUUAUGAUACCAGUAAAGUUUGUGGAGAAAUAUGGAGAAGGUUUACCAAAUACUAUAUAUUUUAAGACACCAAAUGGUGCAAAGUGGGAACUAAAUUUGGUAAAAAGUGAUGGCAAAAUAUGGUUUGAAAAGGGUUGGAAGGAAUUUGCAAAAUAUCAUUCUCCAGCUCAUGGCCAUCUUCUCCUUUUCGACAAUACGCAUACGUAUUAGUACUAAACAAACGAAAACAGUGAGACCAUCAUACAUAAUUGUUACAUUAGUAUCCACAAAUUUGUUUGUGAAAAAAA